AUGGUGUUAUCGAGAUUGCCGAGUCUCCAAGCAUUCCUGUCCGAGUGCUGCCGCCAAAGAACCCCGCAAAGGUCAAGGAUCAAUAUGCGACAACAGCCUCGCCCUUUGCAAAGGGCACCUUCUGCGCCAGCAGUGGACCCAUCCACUCUGGACACCUUGCCUAUGUUUCAUGACUUCUUGGAGGGCAGUUCUCCAACCAAGCCGGAUGAGGGUGUAGAAACAGGAGAGAGGUCUCAUGGCCUUGCUGACCUACCUCAUGGUGAAGUCAACAGCGACUUUCCUGCUGACCUUCAACAUGGUAAAGUCAACUACGACGACUACCAACUUCCUGCUGAUCUACCUCAUGGUGAAGUCAAUGACCAACUUCUUGCCGAAGCUGGUGUGCAUGGUGAUGCUAUGGAGCCAAAGACCCCUGAGCAACCUGAAAGCGAUCUACCAGACCAGCCCUGUCCCAGGACCCUUGACCAGCCUCUUGCUUCUGAUGCCAAAAGUCUUCAUGAUGAGCCCGAGCCAUUGGCACCUCAGAACGUUGUGACGGAAAAUGCGGAGGGUGAACAUGGAGGAGCUGUUGCCCCUGAGGAUACCAAAGAGGGUGGUGAGGAACCUGAGCCUGCUGAUGGGCCUGAGGAUUUGUUCAACGCAGAGGUUCAAACGACCCGACAUGAACAGUUUGCGGAGAGAGAUAGGUUAGCCAAAGAAGCACCGAUGACCAAAAAACAAGCAAAGGCAGCAGCUGCAAAGAAGAAGAAAGCCGAUGACAAAGAAAAGGCGAAACUUGCGAAGGAGAACAGCAAAGCCUUGGCCAAGGCUAAGGCAAAAUUCCAGAAAGAAAGGGCCAAGGCUGAAAAGUUGGCUGCAAAGUUGGCUGCAAAGUUGGCUGCAAAAGCUGACAAAAAAGCUGCACCGAAGAAGAAAGCUGCACCGAAGCAGGAGGCAACAAAGGGACGAAAAAACAAGAGCAAGGACAGCAAGGAGACACAUGAUGAGGGCACAACAGAGACCGCCGAGAUUCAAGGUGAAGCUCCAUCAGUUCCUGCUGACACUGGGGGCCCAGAGGUCAAAGAACCCAAGAAGCCCCGCACCAAGAAGGCCAAGCAAGCUCACACUCCUGGUGAUGGCCUUCCGGUCGCCCCUGAGGCAAGCUGCCCUGCCCCCGUGGAAGCUUCUGGUGACCUUGAUCCACCGAAGAAGCGCAAAGCUGAGGAUUUGCCAGAUGGCGCCAAUGAUCCCAAGGAGAACCACAAGGAGAAGGCAACUUUUGCCAGGAGAAUCCGUGGCAAGGGUGAGAAGGCAGGAAAGCGCUGGGACAACAUCAAGGGAGUCUUCAUGGACCUUGUGGCCCCACUAAUCUUUCUGGCUGGAAGGUGGGAUACGGAUAGGAUGGAAAGGGGGCACCUUUCCCAAACCUGGUCAUCUGAGACCCUGGCACGCGGGGUGGGCAUUGUCCAUUCAGCCACCAUGUCGCUUCAAAGUGACCCUGAGCAUGAGCAAAUGCUGGUAGAGCUUGCCAGGCUAGAAGCUUUGGAAAAAACUCUGAUGGAGAACAAAUAUGCGACCGCUUCAGAGUCAGUGGUUGAUGAUGAGAUGGCCGAUGAUGACUUACAAAUUUUGUUUGUCAAAGAGGCUAAGAAUGCCAUCAGGCAGUCCCUGGUGAAGAACGAGAAUGCUGAGGAGGAAUGUCCUUCGCCCACUAAGGUUUGUGGUUCUGCUCCUGCCCCAACGGAACCCCAAGAUGACGAGAUGAAGAACGAUGUGACUGUCCCGGCUGAGAUCCCUGAAAGGAAUGAAAAUCAACCCGUUGACCCGAUGGAAGAAGAAACUUCCCCUAGCGAGGCUGAACUUGAAAUUCCCAAUGCCUUUCCUUGGAGUGAGGAAGAUGAUUUUCAAGAUGAUGAUGAUGAUGACCACACACUCGAUUACUCACGUAGCAAGAGCAAGUUACCUGAUGAUGUUCAAAAUGAUGAUGAGAUGAAGGAUGGUCAGACACCCACUUCAGGGGAAGUGCCGACAGACCCAGCCGACCAGCAGGUUCUUCCGAGCAACCCUCCAGCCCCCGUGCCUGAUGGAGGCAUGGCGCCAACAGGCACACCGAAACCUGCUUACUUGCGGCUGGAUCCAGGUAGAACCACAGAGCGGGGUGGGGCAGGUCAUGGUGAGGGUGUUGUGUCAGCACUCAUGCUUCCCCCACCAGUGCCAUCACAGAAGAAGCGAUCAAGAGGGGAUCAUGAUCCAUACUUUGAGACGCUGUCACUUCCACCUCAAGUUUUGUCUGACAAUGCCAUUUACAACCGUUUGUACAGGGUGUUCAAGGCAAAGAAAGAUGGGAGCUAUGACGUAGAUGACAAGUGGGUCAAGGCUUGGCAAGAUGUCAAGGAUGGACGAAGUCAGCUCUAUUCCAUGUUUGAGAAGACCGGGUACUCUGUGGAGAAAUUCGUCAAGCGCUGCAAGGCGAUCACUGAGAGCAUCUCCGAAGAGUCCUCCGAGGUGGAGGGUGAAUGGCUGACUUAUGCGGAUAUGCAGAAACUGGAGUUUUCCGAGACGAAGAUCAAGGGAGUUAUCCGAUACUGCGAAUCCCGCCCGCACUUACAAAGGAUGUCCAAGUAUGGAGAAGGUCAGAUGUACUGGACCGAAAUUCGGUGCAAGGGGUCGCUGAAGAGAAGCAAGCGCCACAUUUUCCAGGAGAUGACUGAGUGGGAUGAAGCAAAUGACCCUUCCCAACCAUCAGAGAACCAUGCACUGGAAUGGACCAUGCUGACUGACAAAAACUCAGGUGUCCUGGCUCUUGGCGACACGGAGGUGAAGCCUGAGGAGACCGAGGUGAUUGCACCAAUCCCCCAGGAUGCCAAGGCGGAAGGGGAUGUUGCCCCAUCAGCCAUGAUCCCCAAGGCAUGUGCCAGCAUUCACAAACAUUUAGCAAAGCUUGACGCGGUUCUUUCCGGUUACAAUUCCGAUUCCUUGUCUGCUCUUCAAGUCAGGAUGAAAACGAAAUUGGGCCAGAUUGUGAAUGCCCUCGGCACGCAUGAAGAAGCAUUGAUCGACUUUCAUGGCAUGGGGCUGAUUGAUGGCUUUACUGCUGAGCCUCUUAACUGA